AUGACCCAAAAUGGAGCGGCUGAAUCUGCUGCAUUAUCACGAGAAGAACCUUCGCAUCUGAACUCCGACCUCACAGAGAGGGGCACGGUAUCCACAUCUCAUACCUAUCCUGAGGGCGGACGCGAUGCCUGGCUGGUAGUUCUUGGGGCUUGGUGCGGGUUGACGGCUUCUUUGGGCAUCUACAACACAUCUGGAGUUUUCGAGGUCGUCAUUUCUCAAGUGAUCCUGCCUCAGGACUCGGCGUCUACCCUGGGAUGGUUAUUUUCCAUCUAUGCCUUUGUCACGUGGAUCUGUGGUGUCCAGAUUGGACCAACAUUCGACGCAAUUGGUCCUCGAGCCUUGAUCACCGCCGGCAGCAUAUGCACUCUGGUUGGCAUCUUCAUGCUCAGCUUCUGCACAGAGUACUAUCAAAUACUUCUGUCUUUUUCCCUGUUGACUGGCAUUGGAUCGUCACUCCUUCUGACCCCAUCAAUGGGAUGCGUUGCCCACUGGUUUUUUGAACGCCGUGGCCUCGCCAGCGGUAUAGCCUUCAUUGGCGGUGGGUUUGGUGGAGUACUCUUCCCCCUCAUGCUGCAAUCCCUUUUGCCUCAAGUUGGGUGGGCAUGGUCCAUCAGAGCCCUGGGCUUCGUGUUGAUGGUUCUCUGCGGCAUCAGCAUUGCAUUUUGCCGAAGUCGCAUACCCCCUCGCAAAGGGACUGCUACGACAUGGCGAGAUACUCUGCCUGACCACCGCAUCUUCCUUGAUGGGACUGGAGCCAUGGCUUUGACGACUGCUGGGGUUCUGUUGACGGAUUUGGCAUACUUCAUUCCCAUCACCUAUACACCGAGUUAUUACAUUACGCGACAGGGUCUGUCCUCGGAAGAGUCUCUUGAAGGCUCAGCAGCAUUCGCGUAUCAACUCCUUGCGAUCCUGAACGUGGCAUCUUGCGUUGGCCGUUACGUUGCUGGCGACUUGGCUGACCGCUUUGGGCGUUACAACACCAUGAUUGUUUCUCUCUUCCUAUGCACCAUCUCGUUGUUGUGUCUGUGGUUGACAGAUAUCUUGGUACCAGGAUUGGAAAGCGACGGCCUUCUCAUAGCUUUCGUGGUCUUGUUUGGUUUCCAAAGCGGUUCCAACGUCAGCUUGACACCGAUCUGUCUUGGCCAGCUAUGCGAUACGGAGGAAUACGGGCGAUAUUAUGCUAGCUGCUUCACAGUGGUCGCGUUUGGCGUCCUGAUAAGCCUGCCAGUUGCUGGAAGCUUGCUUGGCACAGUAGGUACUACUGGGAAAGGAAAAUACUGGGGCGUUGCCGUGUUUGCUGGUUCGAGUUAUGUGGCCGCCACGAUUUGCUUUCUAUGGGUGAGAGUCAAGCUCAAGGGUUGGUCUUGGAAGAUCAAGUGGUAG